AUGGGACGGCAACGAUCUAAACGGGCAUCCAGUGCCGACAUGCCAGAAGAAGAUGAUGUUCUAAGUCCUAUCUCCUGUGAGGUAUGCAGGCAGCGGAAAUGCAAGUGCGAUCGCAGACUCCCGCAUUGCACUCAAUGCUCCAACGAAUCAUCAAAAUGCAAAUAUCCUGAAAGCGGCAAGAGAGGCUUGCCUCUCGGAUAUCUAAAUCAAUUAGAGCAAAGACUUGCAGAGACUGAGUCGGCCCUUUAUGGUGCUCUCAUGACAUUGAGCUCAAUGGGACCAACUACUACUUUGCUCCAAGCCACCACGAAGCCGGAUUCGCUACAAAAAUCGAAAGCUGCACGAAUGGACGAAUGGUCGCGAUUGCCGCUUCGAGGUUGGCCCGACAUAUACCACUGGAAGGCAUCCAUGUGCGAACAAUUUACGCUCAACCGGUCACAAGAGGUACCGCUCGUGAAUCAUUCGACAGCUAGUCAGGCCAUUUCAGCUUCGCCUGCUUCUACUACCAUCCACAGUCACAGCCCUCAAGGUGAAUUAGAAACUUCGGGGCCGGCUAGCUUUGCGUGGCACCCAGGAGAAGAUGUCAACAUGAGCAGUCCCUAUAAUGUCUAUCUUCGACCCCCCGGGAUGGUUUCUUCUCCGGUAUAUUCAAGGGACCCAGCUCCGGGUCCAGCAGAGACCAUAGUUAAUCCAUUUCCCGACUUUAGUACCGCCACUGUGACGGGUAAUAGUGGGAAAGAAGACGAGCAUUCCACAAUGGCGGACGAGUUGUCUAAAAGCAAGCCUAGUAUAUACUUCUAA